AUGUCGAAGUCAAACGAUAACCACAAUGGCAAGGAUUGCGUUGAGCAAGAGAAUCCGAGGCAUGACAGCAAUGAUGAUACCAUGGUCUCAUUGGAGAUGAUGAUGGCGGCGCUACGUCUUGUCGCUGAACAGCGCGCCGCUGAACGCAACAUGCGCCGCCAACAUGAGCAUGAGUACGUCAGCGGCAAUGUACCUUCAGCACUCCGUGACCGUGACCGAUCCUCCAGUAUCAACACUGUCUCUUCUAACACAUCGACCUCUACCAUACGUGAUGCUUCUGUCCAGGUGGCAGGAGAGUCGAGCAGCAGCAAUGCAUGUGCCCAUGAGGCCGAGUAUGGUGACUUUCAUUACGUCGAUGCUGAGGAGCGGCCUGAGCGCAACCGUGAUGAGGCCGGGCCCAUCGCAGCUGUCGAGCAGCCGCCUUCGACGCGCUGGUACUGUAUCGUGCGUGGCCGUGCUGUCGGGGUCUUUGCUGGAUGGCCAAACACCUCCCCUCUCGUCACCAACGUGCCGGGAUCACUCUUUCAGAGGUAUCCCACAUUCAAUGCCGCCCUCAAUGCCUUCAUAGAGGCUUCUGCGAAUGGGCAUGUCAUCAUCAUCUUCAUCUGA